AUUCGGUGGUGGGUAUGGUGUUCCACUAUCGGCAGAAGUUUAUCAAAGAUUUUGAUUUUGCUGCGAACGCGAACGGAAGUAGUACAUCCACUGGGAAAAAGUCCCCUGCGCCUGUUGAGCAAGUUGUACCUCCUGUCCAUGACGGCGAGGAGGACUCGCUCCACUUCCUUUCCCUUUCUUCAAACCUAACGCCACUUCCGCUGCAGCCCGCGACCUGCUACUACCUUUUUUCGUGCGUAUUUCUCACGUUUGUGGGAGGGUAUGUGUUUCCAGUCGUGAUACUCAACUGGAGGAGUGGCAGGUCUGGGAAAAGAGCAGACACGAGCGGUGCUACAAGCAGCUCUACCGGGGGUGCGCCACAAAUAGUAAACCAGGCCAACUGCGCAAAGGGUUCGGGCCUACCGGAAGUGAAGAAUCUGCUGUCCUCCGGUACGAAGCGGACCUUUCAGGACCCGGUGUGGCAGAAUUUUCUCUCCUUCCGAACUUUACUGGCGAAGGUGACGGGUUUGAUCUGCGUGCUUGCCGCCGGUCUGCC